AUGAACACUAAACACUCGCUGGUUUCCAUUUUAGACCCAGAUACUAAUAAUAGUUAUAAAUAUGACUACAAAGUUAAUUCGGACUCAGAUCUUGACGAUUUUGGAAACGGGUUUCAACCUUUGAAUAUUGAGCACAGGAAAGCUCUUCUGGAGUAUAUGCAAAUGAAUGGACCCAAGGAACAGACUAAACCUCAACAACAUGAAAGAAACAACUCAAUAGAAGAGAAACCCCGAAAGCAACCUUCCAAAGGCAAUGAAAUAAUGAGCGGAGGCAGUUUUAUUAUAUCAGAUUAUACCCCAAUUUCUCAAUCGACGCCAUAUAACGACAACCAAAUAUCAGGUAGCACAUUAGGUGACCCGGAUCAAGAAAAGGGAAAAGCAUCGUUGAAUGGAGAGGAAAAAGAAGCAGAUAAUGCUCAAAUUGAAAGAACCACUGAUGUUGGGAAAAGAUAUGCUGAAGAAAGAGAAGGUCCUCCUCAUCCCAAGAAUAAAGAACAACACGAAGACGAGAAUCGGACGGACAAGACCAAUGGUUCUACUUUCACCAAGAGAGAAACUGAGUACAGAAAUGCGGUAAAUAUGACCCCAAUUUCAAAAAUAGGUACUUUCAGACGAGAUGGAAUCGUAAGAACUAGCGGGCGUGCAUCAGUUCGGUCCUUCAUGGGGUCCAAUGGAAAAGAUACGCUUCGGCCCAGUUCUAGCCCAGCAGAAUUUCCUGUAGAGACAGAUUUAAGAAAAAGCUUUACAGAAAGACCAGGUCAAUCCAGUGACUUAUCUGAGACUGUCCUUUCUGAAGGGGAGGUUCAUAAUGCUGGAAACGCUGAGGUAGCUGAUGCAUCCAUGCUUCAUGGAUUUUUAGCCUUCAUUAGGUCUCACCCCCAUGGUGAAGAGUUGUUCCAACAAUUCGAGGGGCAGUGGAAGUCAGCAGAUGACCACACCCAUUUACGAACCGCACUCCCUGUUGAUGUAACUGAAGAAGUUCAACAGAGCCAAGAAACCCCACAGGUUGAGCAGACACCUAAUAUAGAACCGAAGAGGAGGGUAGUUAUUGAAUCAGUGCCAGAAUCCGAAACUGAGGUCCAAGUUGAACCCCAGCCUAAUUCCAAUCAAGAUGAAAGGUAUAAAGUUGACCAUGAACAUGCACAUGCACAUGCACAAUCUGUCGAUGGUGAAGCUAGGAAAUCUAUGAAUAUACCGCUUCAAAUAUCUCAUUCUGAUCGCUCCUCAUCAGCGAGUAACGAUGUUCAUCAAAAACUUGAAGAUUUACUGCGUAGAUACAACUCAACGCAUGAGGAAAAUAUUCGCCUGCUUAACGAGAAUCGACAGUUGAAAGACGAGUUCUCAAAACUACAGUCCCAGUGUUCACAAUUGCUUGGUCGCUCCGAACCGAUAAACUCUCACUCGUUUAUAAAGGAAAAGUUAUAUAACCGCCUUGAACUGAACGAAGUCGAUUCGAUGUCAUUGAUUGAUGCGCAAAACAUGAUUAAGAAUAUCGCACUUAUAUUUGACAUGCCUGUUAGCCGUUUUUCCAAAUGGCUCCCGAUGAUAGCGAAACUGCUUGGUGAAGACGAUGUAUACCUCAAUUUUACCCAGGAAGUUCACCGAAUAAUUUAUAGUGGCCAAGAGCUCAGGAAAAGGAAGAAUCAAAAGUGUCUUCAAGAGAUGCUUUUAAUUUUAAACCGCAAUCGAAGCACUUUUUCCUGA